GGGAGGAAGAUUAACUUUCCUAGAAGUGUAUUAAACUGCAGCAUGAGGCUCUGCAGAGCGAGGGGUGGGCACUUCACCUUGUUCAAUAGCCAGGGGGGUAUGGCUGCCUUCAUUCUGUUGAUGAGCUGUGCGAUCCUGUGCCGGAGUGUUCUUGGUGAUGAAGUGGCCACGCUGGAUGAUGAUAGUGGGAGGGAGAGAGCAUUUGCUGAAACGUACAGGGCAGCAGCAACAAGCCGCAAUGAUGCUCCUCACCCCUUACUUCGCGGUCAUGCUCGAGAUCAUGUCAGCGUAAAUCUCAAUGGCCCUGACAAUGUCAAGAAGACGGCGAAGAUGAGCGUGCCAGGCCCCGAAAGACGUGAACUUCAGCAACAGGCCGUGGAGCUCGAACCUGUUCGAUUUGGCGACUUGGAGGUAGCUGCAAUUUCCAAGGUCCGCGCAGCCUGGCUGGACUACAGAACAGGGGCAAAGCUGUACUUGGUCAUUUAUGAGGCGAAUUUGACCCCAGCGGAGUAUAGUCAAGGGUGGAGGGUUCUGGGUCAAUUCAGUCGCCCCAGCUACAAUGACAUCAGGGAUGUGGCUGUCACAAUAGUGGCAAGAAAUGUGAAUUCAUCUAAUCCUGUCUUGGCCCCCCCGGUGGACUACGAGUGGAUUUGGAAUGAAAGCGGUUCGGGCACAAUGUCGCAGCCUGCGCUAAUGCUGGGCUCGGUGUGGAGACCCCUGCCAGCUCAAGGAUUUGUGUGUCUUGGCGACGUGUUUGUCGCCAGUCGCUCGAAGCCCAUGCCUGGACAGGGCGCAAUGGCUGCUCAUGUCUGUGUACGGGCAGACUACGCCAAGGAAGCCGCCAUUGGAGACUUUGUAUGGGAUGACCGUGGCUCCCAUGCGACAUUCGAUUGCUCCAUCUGGCGGUCCACCAAAGAUGUUGCAUUCUUCUCUCCCGCAAUUGGUCACGGAGACUUCGAACAAGGGUGGAGGGUUCUCUCUCAGGUUGCCGUGCCUCACUAUCAACCCAUUGGCGGGCUUGUGGCGACGAUUGUGGCACGGAAUGUGGACGCAAGUGUGCCCGUUCUGAAGUCGCCAGUUGGCUUCGCUCAGAUGUGGACGGACCAAGGUUCCGGGGCGCAUCUUCAUGGGUCUGUGUGGCGGCCCAUCCCCCCCACAGGCUAUGUCUGUCUGUCAGACAUUGUCGUCGACUCCUGGGCUCCACCAGCUCCUGGAGUGGGGCCCUUUGUCUGUGUUGCUCUCAAUCCAGCUAUCGCUAACCACAGCUAUGCCCGCGAGGCUAAAUUUGCCGGCCUCAUUUGGGAUGACCGCGGGUCCGGUGCUGCUUGCGAUGUCACGAUCCAUGGCAUCGAGAUGGCUCAAUAUCCCCCGGACGAGAAGGAGCGCCUCUCUCUCCUCGUGAAUGGCUUUCUGGCAGGUACUAUCUACGAUAAUAACCCCAGUGCAACACCAUACUUGCUCGAACUUCCUCCCAUUGUCUACAGGCCGCCAGUUGCAGAUCCGCGUCCAAAUGUCACAUCGCACGACAUGCCUUUUCCUCCCGACACGCCCAAGGUUGUCGACAAUAUCGUCGUCGUGCCGUGCACCAUUGUCAGCGACAAUAAUCACACUGCUGCAUGGCAGGUCUUAAACUCUCCUUUCUACAAGAUGGAGAGGGGCAUCUACUACCAUUUGGAGGUCCACAGUGGUGGGGCUAACAUCAGCGCGGCUCUCACGGUCAGCCAGCAGGUCACAUUCGGAAUCAUCACCAAAGUCACCGAGGAGUUUACAGUCAGAACCCACAUCGAAGCGAGUGUGGCAGCCGGCAUUGGUAUGAGGGCGAAGCUCGGCCCUCUGAAACUCAGUGUGGGACCAUACGUUGAGACUCAAACAAGCAUAACCAAGGAGAUUGGUUACUCGAAACGCUACGAGGUGACGGAAUUCUCUGAGACGACGCUUGACUGGACUGUUGAAACAAAGCCCUUCCACUCCGUCUCUUUGUGGUCGCAUUGUCACGAGAUUGUUCUGCUGCGCCACAAUGGAGAUCCCGUCGCGGAUAACGCGGGGAUGCUGAUCAACAUUAACAACCAUAGACUUGUAGUGGAGUACCCAAGCUCCUGAGGACUGUGUACCUGAAGCCUGGUAGGUUCACCCUGGUGCAGACCACGGACCUGGCCAUCUUUAAUGUGGACAUGGUGGUAGGUGCAUUCUGACCGACAAGGAGCCAAGGACUGAGAUCAUCGCUCCCCGUAUGGUGAUAAGCAAUCCCUACCAUAAAAUAUAGAAGCCGUCGACGAAAGCAGUGGAAUAUCUGAACUGUUCACUCUGUUGAGUAAAUCGCCCUCACUUUC